GUGUUCCUUUCGCUUCUGACAUUUGCCGUAUUCGCGUGUUAUUUUAGAUUAUCUAAUUCCAGAUAAACAAAAUGCAAAACGACGCUGGUGAAUUCGUUGACCUGUACUGCCCGAGGAAAUGCUCGGCCAGCAACCGCCUGAUCCACGCCAAGGACCACGCGUCGGUGCAGCUGGUGAUCGCGGACGUGGACCCCGCCACCGGGCGCGCGUCCGACGCCAGCAAGAUGUACGUGGUGUGCGGCGCCAUCCGCCGCAUGGGCGAGUCCGACGACUGCAUCGUGCGCCUCACCAAGAAGGACGGCAUUCUGGCCAAGAACUACUGAUGCAGUUUUAACAAGCUUUACAUUAUAAG